CAGCCCGGUACCUGCUUACGUGGUGAGCCUGGAUGCGGCGGGCGCUUCGCCUCCCUCCCCGGCACCGGGACUCGAAGGGUCUUGGCUUGAGAGUCUCCAUUUAGAAAUAUGAGAAUAUUAGAAAAUAUUCAAAAAAUGUGGGACAUAAAUCAGGGGCAGGAGUGCAGGCACACGCUGUCACGCGCCGGCCGCCCGUUUCCAUGGUUUCCCGCGACUAUUGCUCUCGAGGGCUCGGGGUUUGGAGGCGACUUGUUCCAGAAGGAGAAAGACGCUGCGUUGACACCAUUGCUGCAAAAUCCCGGCUGGGGAUCGCACCGUCAGACCCAUCCCCACGACGGGGUGGCACCGCGGUGCCACCGGGGCCCUGUCCCUGCCGAGCCCGAGCCUGCUCCUCCCGCAGCUUCUGCACGGCAGGGAGACAUCAAGCGCCUGUUCAAGCCGCCCUCCAUUUGCACGGCCGCAGGGCUCCCUGAGACCUUCUGACAAACAGCAUUAGUUGGGGUGUCAGAGCCCCCGCCAGCUCCCUCGGGGAGUGCUCUGGGAAGGAGCUGCGGGAGAUCCCCCAAGCCCUUGGUGCUGGUGUGAUGCCAGGGGACCAGCGAGGAGCCCUUCUCCAGACCCUGGAGACACCGACCUGGCCAGAACAGGAGCAGUCCUGGGAUUUUAAACGAAACAAGGCUGAAAGCCCCAAUGGCCGAGGGCUAUUGCAGGACACCCAUGUGUGCCAGGUUGGGCAUUCCUCCUCCAUCCUCCUCCCGGAGCCACUCCAGGCUGCUGGGCUGUCUCACCCGGAGAUGCUGGACUUGUCACCCUGAACAUCGCUGGAGGGAAGGCCCUGGUUGCCAGCCUGGCUCACCCGGCAUUGCCCCCAUCUCCCCCUUCCUAAUCCCCCGCUGCUGCCGACUGCAAAGUCCUGGCCUGAAAAGGAAUAACCAGACUUUAGAAAACGGCUUUGCAGUGCCUGCUACCCGGGGAGGGAAGGAUUUAGCCUAAAGCCUGUAUAAAUGCUUUGUACUUAUUGCAGGUUUCCUUCCCCCGGCUUCUCUGAUCCCAGGAGACCCGUGCGCAAUCCCGAUGCUCCAGCUCGACGCCGGCAGCGCCUGUGGCCCAUGAGCUGUCACUGCGGGGACAAGCCGGAGGACAGCAUGCCAGGGGGCUAAAAGGGGCUACAGCCGACAGGAUCCCCCAGAUCCAGCUGAGGCUGCAUCGCUGCCUGCAUCUCCAUCACAUGGGGGGGCUGAGCGCACGCAGGAUGCUGCGGGACCCCCAGUUUAAUCACGCAGCCGUUGUCCACGUCGCUGGCACGCUCGGUUGCUGAUUUACUCCUAAAGACCAGUAGUAUCGGGAGAAUGGGCUUCCCCCAGCUCCACGUCCUCAACAUGUCUGGGAAGAGCCGGGCCAGGGAGGUGACAGCGCGGGGAGCUGCUGUGUCCCCCCCCCUGGCCCUGGGCAGCCCCGGGGAAGUGAAAGCCAGGCUGCUUGCACAGCGCGGAGCCGGGGGCAGACAUUCCUCCUCUGAUGGAAACCAGACCUCAGGCGGUGCUGCCAGAGCCGGUGGGGAACGCGUAUAAACCAAACCAGCCCCGUGCCUCCUUCUUACAUGGAAACAGGCUGCGGUCGCUCUGGGCUCAAAGUCCAACAGACGCAGCUUUGUGCGGAGAGCGAGGUCUGCGAUACCACCAAAGAACCGCCCCCCACCCCGAAGUGGGACCCUGCCCCGAGCCUCCGGCUCCCAGAGGGGACUCCAACCCCUGGGGCCACCCCGACUUCCAGCUCGUCACCCCCAACAUGUGUGAACAGGAUGGCGUGGGAUGCCGGGGAUGCCGCCCUGGGGACCAGGACAGCGGUGAUGCCCAGGAAGGGACCACGGGACGAAGACCCAGGCAGGACCCUCGGCAGCCGCGGGCAGAGGGGAGGCGGACCCUGACCAGCCUCCGGUGUCACCAUUGUCCCCUUCGCCCUCCGUGCCGAGCUCUCCCGCCGGCAGGAACCGGCCGCCCCCCACGAGAGCACAGCCCCUGUCAUGGCCGGACCCUUCAGCGGGGGAAGCUGUUUUCCAGCUGCGUUACGGGAACGUCCAGCCUGGGGCUUCUCUCGGCUCUCCUGCCGCAGCCAGCAUCCAUCCCCCGCCUCAGCCGCAGGGGAAACCACAGCCGGGACAUGGUGUACGAGGGAGAAACCCACGGGCUUUUGUGCGGCCCCCUGGGCACGUCCCCAAAGGGAGACACGUCCCGACUUUGGUCAGAGGAGAGCGUCCUCAUUCGUCGCUUCUUAAUUACAUCUGAUCCGGCCCUAAAUCCUCCUAAAACCAGCCCCAAGAGCCUUCAGGUGGCUGCUUGGGAGAGGUGCCCGCCAGCCGGGGUGACGGGCCAACCGGGCACGGGUGACAGCCCCGGCCCGAGUGGUGCCGCUGGGAGGGACACGAGGGGCCGUCAGCGCUGCGUGGUGAUGGAGGAAGCGCCAUGUGCACCACUGUCCUGCUCCUCGGCACGCUGGUCAUGA